AUGGCCCUCGCUAUGACGCCGCGCGUGCGCCUGCCGGGCUCUUCCAAAACUGCCUGGACCUGGGGCAGCACGGCCAACUCGAUGAUCAUUCCGCAGCCCUUGAUGGGCUUCUACUGGAACAUGCCUGACGACGCACCUUGCCUCCUUUCGCUGGACCACCAAGUGAAGCAGCCCAGGCGCGUGGACCUCGCCACCACUCCCUACCGCACCAUCAUUGCCUGGGAUGCCGACUCGAUUCGCACCGGUGCCGAAAAGCUUCGCGCCUCCCAUGCCGACGUGGUAUCGACAAUGACGCGGCCCAAGACAUGGGAAGACCUGUACCAGUGGUUCGACAGCCAUGAUCUCUGGCAUGUGGGCGCCUGGAAUCUCUGGCAGGUUGCGCAUUACCUGUGCGACGAGAACGAGGCCCGACUCGGACUGUCUCGUGCCGACGAGGAUGCUGCCAAGUUCGACGAGAUCGCCGCCUGGGCGUACCGCUGGUGCACCCGCGCGUCGAACCGUUGCAGGCUGGCGACCUGGAACCAGACCGGCGACAUCCUGGCCAUCUUGGCCCCCGCCGAACAAGCCGAAAUCCGCGACUGCGAAGAUAGAGAUCUCGCCGUUCUUCGAGGUGCCUUACAUCACUGGUACAUCGAGUACGGCCCGAGUCGCUCGCUGGCUGGCGGUGGCAUCUCGGCGGACAUCCCCCAGCCCUCCCUGCGAGCUUUCUCGGUGGAUGACAACGAUCUAUCGUUGCCAACCUUCUCGUGGCCGCGGCAAGCGUCGCAUGGCCACGUUCGGCGUCGUUCUGACUCGCUCCCGGCCACGCCAGCCCGGCCGGCAACUGCCCACCCAGAGGCCAGCAUGGCGAGCUGGUCGCGCCCGGCCAGGAUUCAACCUGGCGCAGUCGUUGACGCCAGCCCCGAUGCCGAGCGCGCGAGAAGGGUGCGUCAUCAGGCUUCCAGAUCUGGCCCGGUCCGUCCCGUCAUGACGGCCGACUCGUCGCCGACUCGCGGUGCCGGUGUGGAAAACUCGGGCCCGUCUCGGCUGCCGCGCCGGAGCCGCCCUCAAACCCAGGACCGCUCCACGUCGGCCAGCAUGCAGCCUGCUGCGGCCAAGUCGCCCAAUGCCCCCCAGCACCCCCCGGGCACCCCUCGCGACUUGCAUCAGGCCGGUCUCGAUAACAGCGACAUACGUGAAAUCCUAGUUGAACACUUCAGUCGCUGGGGUCACGUCGAGGAUUGCCAGUUGAAAGUGCCGGCUGGUCGCAAGAAAUAUGCCUUCGUCCGCUACACCAGCGAAGCGAGCGCGCAACUAGCGGUCGCCAGGGCAGCCGAGCAGAAGGAGCACGUCCAUCCGGACGUCCAUCCGAUCUUGGCCGACGCGAAAGUCACCCACCCGUGGUUUUCGAAGUUCUUCGUGCCCAACUCCGGCGCCCCGCCGCCACGAGGCCGCCAACACUCGCUCGCCGCCCAGUGCCAGCAACCAACCCGGCCGGUCAACAGCACCUGGCGCCCACGUGAAUUUUCUCGCACGACGUCGCAGUGGAGCGCCGGCUCGUCGACGCUGCCAGCCACCCCAAGCCGCCACCAAGAGCUGAAGCAGCCCGUUGCCUCCCCAAUCGACGCGGGGACUGCUCGUAUACCGGGUCGGGUCAAUAGCUGGGUUCAUAACUCUGUGCAGCAUCAGAACGUUUACCAGCGUACCCCUCCUCGUGGAUGGGCGAUUCGGACGGCUUCCUUCCCCGGACCUGGCGGCCCAGUUCAUCCCCCUCGCGCGCGCUCGCCUGGUGGUCAUUUCGGCCCACAUCCUCCGAACGGCCCGCCCAACAUGCCCAUGCCAUUCGGCCUAAUUCCUGUUCCCCCGCCCCCGAAUGUGUUCUUCGGCGUUGGCCCACGGCGGUUCCCGAGGUACCCUCCAGUCGUUGAGGGCCCUCCUCCUGCCCCUGAGACUCCUCGGGCCCAAGCUCCUCAAUUUUCCUCCCAGCCGCAGAAUGACUGCUCUCUUACCCCCUCACCUGCGGCUCCCGAGGGCGAUACUGCCGUGCAGACCAAGCCGCCGUCUGAGGCAGUUGUCUUCUCGGAAAACUAUGUGCGCCAUGGUCACGUCAAGGACUCGUUGAGCAACUCACCUUCACACACCCCCAUCCGAGUCCGUUUCCCAGGCACAUCGCCCGAGAAGAACCAGACCGCGCCAGCUCCCACCGCGCAGCAGGACGACUGUCCCGUCUUAAUGCCCAGCGCCAACCGGGUUCACCUUGACAGCCCCGUGAGGCGCAUCACAUUCGGAGACUUUGGCGUGCAUUCACCCCUGGGCAGCCCUACCGAGCGCGUUCAUAGCCAUGCUGACAACGAGCACAAGGACAAUGGCACCGCUUUGCAGGCCGAGCCGCACGAGCGCGAUGGCAAUGGCGCCCCUGCACUGGCCGAGCCCUCUGAACCCAAGAACCAUCCCGACCCCAACGAGAACUUCGCUUGGCAGUUGGAAGAGCCCUCCCGCCGCGCCACGGGAGAUGUGCGCCUCGAACCAGACUACUUCAACUCCACGGUGCGGCGCAAUCCGCAGGCGCGCCGGCCGGGCCAGAUUCCUCCCUGGUGGAUGGCGCAGAACACCCACCCUUCACAGUCCUGGGACCCUAACCGGGCCGCAGCAUACUGGCCGCCGAUUCCUCCCCCGAUGCCGCCUUACAGCGUGUUGUUCUACAAUCCCCGCCACUACAACAACCACCGCCCGGCCUAUCCACACCUGCACCCACAUCCACAGGCACACCCGCCCCAUCCUUUCUUCCAACCGCAGGAAGAAACUCAAGGUCUAGCGGGCCCGGCGCAGCCAGUGCCACCCCACCAGGGCCGCCCCAAGUCUAAGAACAAACCCAACAACAAACCCAUCCCUAACCGCGGCACCACCCCGACCCCUACCCCGCGUGCCCAGCUCAAUGAGACGGGCACCACCAGCACACUCGGCACCCACGCAGCCGCAAUCGCGCUCAGGACCGCGCUCACGCCCACCAACAACCAGCCCGCAACACGCGAGAGCACCACGUCCGCCAGGAGCCCCGCUCGCAGCAAGUGGAAGCACAACAAGACAAGCACGAACAAAGACAAGGGAAAGGAUAGAGGCUCGCACUCGCAGUCCCAGUCCAGGUCGCAGCCGCAGUCGAGAUUGCAGUCCCGCCCGCAGUCCCGAUCGCAGCCUCGGCCCCAUUCCCAGCCCCAGUUCCGGUCCCGGCCGCAGUCCCGAUCACAAUCUCGGUCCCAGUCCCGGUCGCAGUUCCGUGCGCACACCCCGGCUGCCAGGCCCGGAUAUGGAUCCGGACCUGUACCUAGGCCCAUGUCGACACCAGCGCUGGCACAGGCACGUGGUGCUGUGCCGCCUGUAUCAUCGUCGGCAGUCGAGGGCCCCCCGUCAUGGGUGCAAGGCCCGGCCGCACAACCCACCGCCGGUAGCGGUGCCGGUGCCAGCCGGGUAAUGCUGCCCAACGGCGGCAACGGUGGCAGCAGUGACAGCAGCAGCAGCGCCGCGGUGGCGGCGGGAGGUAAAGGAAAGGCUCGCGAUGACAGCGGCAACGGCGGUGGUAACGGCGGCGGCGGCUACCGUGCCGACGCUGGCGGGUCGCUGCGGGUGCCGCGGAAGCGGUGGGGGAAGAAGUCUGCUGGGCGGGUGGAUGUGAGGGGUGUUUUUGCGGAUCGGGAGGAGGAGGAGGGUCCGGCGCAGGGAGAGGGGGAGUAG